CCAUCAAUACCCCACGUCAUUUCCAUAUGCGCACCUUUCCCCUUCUCGCAGGAACACCACAACAAAACCCCGCGCCCUCCACCGCGAUCAGCUCACCGCGGCUUAAACUCACCACCCCCGGGGCCCACCCCAAAGGAAAAGCGCUCCCUCCCAGCUUUUAGACCCCCUUCGCUCCGGUCACCUCGAUCUCUGAUGGCGACUCUCGAGGACAUCGGAGUCUCGGCCUUCAUCAACAUCCUCAGCGCCUUCGCCUUCCUCCUCGCCUUCGCCAUCCUCAGGCUCCAGCCCGCCUUCGAUCGAGUGUACUUCCAGAAAUGGUACCUCGCCGGAGCUCGACGCGGGAAGUUCGUGAAUCUCAACGUGAGGACGUACUUCACGUUCUUGAAUUGGAUGCGGGAGGCGCUGAGGAUGAGCAAGAAUGACCUGAUCCAGCAUGCGGGGCUCGAUUCUGUUAUCUUUUUGAGGAUCUACAUUCUCGGCUUGAAGAUCUUUGUACCAAUGACAAUCCUAGCUCUGUUAGUUCUUAUUCCGGUGAAUGUAUACGAUGGGACAUUGAAAAAUAUUCACAAAGACAUAGUUUUCAGUGGCAUUGAUAAGCUUUCAAUUUCAAAUGUUAGGGAGGGUUCUCAACGGUUCUGGUUUCACCUGUCAAUGGCAUACUUGUUCAACAUAUGGACUUGCUACGUCCUUUACAAGGAGUAUGGUCAUAUAGCCUUCAUGAGAUUGCAUUUUCUAGCAUCUCAAGAUCGUCGUGCUGCUCAGUUCACUGUAGUUGUCAGAAAUAUCCCACAUGUUUCUGGGCACUCUAUAUCAGAAAGCGUGGAUCAGUUUUUUCAACGGAACCAUCCUGAACACUACCUUGGCCACCAGGCUGUUUAUAAUGCAAACAAAUUUGCCAAACUUGUUAGAAGAAAGGAACGGCUUCACAACUGGCUGGAUUAUUAUCGUCUCAAACUUGAGAGACAUCCAGAUCAGAGGCCCACUAUAAAGAAAGGAUUUCUUGGGCUUUGUGGUGUAAGAACGGAUGCAAUUGACUACUAUAGUGAAAGCAUCAGGGAAAUUGACAAAUACUUAGUAGCAGAGCGUCAGAGAAUUCUCAAAGAUCCAAAAGCUAUCAUGCCUGUAGCAUUUGUUUCAUUUGACUCGAGAUGGGCUGCUGCUAUUUGUGCUCAAACUCAGCAAAGUAGGAACCCAACACGCUGGUUAACUUACUGGGCACCAGAACCACGCGAUGUUUACUGGAAGAAUCUAGCUAUACCAUUUGUUUCUCUCAGCAUCAGAAAACUGCUUAUAGCAUUAUCUGUGUUCGCUCUGGUAUUCUUUUACAUGAUACCUAUUGCUGCCGUGCAGUCACUGGCAAAUCUCGAUGGUCUGGAAAAGGUGGCUCCUUUCCUCAGGCCUGUGAUAGAGCUGAAGGUGAUCAAAUCAUUUUUGCAAGGAUUUCUUCCCGGUUUAGCUUUAAAAAUUUUCUUGUACAUCCUUCCAACAGUUCUCAUGAUAAUGUCAAAGCUUGAAGGCUAUUUCUCUCUAUCAUCUCUGGAGCGAAGGACUGCAGCUAAAUAUUAUUAUUUUAUGCUGGUAAAUGUGUUUCUAGGCAGCAUAAUCACUGGGACAGCUUUUGAGCAGCUUCGUGCUUUCAUCCAUCAGCCACCGACCCAGAUCCCAAGAACCAUUGGAGUAUCAAUACCAAUGAAAGCUACAUUUUUCAUUACCUAUAUUAUGGUUGAUGGUUGGGCUGGCAUUGCUAGCGAGAUCCUUAGAAUAAAGCCGCUGGUCAUAUAUUAUCUGAAGAAUAUGUUUUUGGUGAAAACAGAAAGGGACAGAGAGAAGGCAAUGAAUCCUGGGAGCUACAGUGGAUUGGAAGCGAUGAGAUCGGUUGUCGCUGGAUUGAGGAACAGAAGAACCACCCUGAUCAGUUCUGGCCAUCUGCUACCUCUCAUUGCAAAAUUGUGCUUAACUGGAAUAACCAUGAUCAACGAGUGA